AUGAUUCAACAAACUGUCGCCGAUUUGCCAACAUCCCGAGUCACUCCGACUCGCCCGUUUGCCGUUUGCGGCAUAGAUUAUUGCGGUCCGUUUUUCGUAAAAGCUGAAAUACGAAAACGAGGACCGAUGAAGGUAUAUGUAGCGAUUUUUGUUUGUUUCUCGACACGCGCCGUCCAUAUUGAACUAGUAAGUGACCUUACCACUGCUGCAUUUUUAUCUGCGCUGCGUCGUAUGAUUUCGGAAAGAGGACGGCCGGCGGAAAUUCAUUCCGACAAUGCAACUACAUUUAAAGGAGCUUCCCACGCACUUCAUCGCCUAUUCGAGAUGUUUAAAAACAACCAUGCCGCACGUAACGAGAUUUUCGCAUGGUGUGCAAAUGAUGAAAUUCGAUGGAAAUUCAUUCCGCCACGCGCACCCCACUUCGGCGGAUUGUGGGAAGCCGCCGUAAAGUCGGCCAAAUUUCAUCUCCUCAAGGAAAUCGGAAACCACUCUCUCACUCGCGAAGACCUGAUAACGUUACUCGCUCAAGUCCAGAUGAUGUUAAAUUCACGGCCUUUGACACCUAUACCAUCACAGCCACAAGACCUAGAAGCCCUGACACCAGGCCAUUUUCUGAUUGGCACCAAUCUUCAAGCCAUAGUCGAGACCGAUCUGAAGGGAGUUCCAGAUAACGAACUCACACACUGGGAGUUGACACAAAAGCGUUUCCAGAGUAUAUGGGCACGUUGGUACCCGGAAUAUUUACAACAGCUACAGGCACGGGCUACUAAAGCAUACCGAACACCUACCGAUAUUCAGAUAGGGCGAGUUGUCAUCAUUAAAGAGGACGACGUACCACCUGUCCAGUGGCCGCUUGGACGGAUUAUCAAGACCCACCCAGGAAAAGACGGAAUAGUCAGAGUUGUCACACUGAAGACUGCGAAAUCGGACAACGUUGUUCGACCUGUCGCGAAACUUGCUUUGCUGCCCAUCCCCGACAAUCGUCAACAAUCAGAAGCUGCCAUCAGAAACCAGUAG